AUGAAACCAACAUCAAUCGCUCAAUUGACCAGACCCUGGAAGCGUUAUAGAGAUGGCACAUUAUUCUAUGGGUUAUCUAAAAGUGGGAACAAGAGAGUGCCACUAACGACGAAGCAGGGCAAUAAGACGAUGUACAAGGGGACAAGGUCGUCUGGUAUUGGUAGACACACGAAGUAUGGUGAAUAUGUGAUUGAUUGGAACAAAGUUCGAACGUUUGUGACACCAUCUGUUUUCAAUAAAGAUCUUAAACCAUUAGUAAGUCAAAAUUUGCCUGAAUUGAAACAUAACUAUAAGGGUUUUGAUAAAGGACCGAUGGAUCCCAAAUUGUAUAUAUCAAAAUUGAGAGAAUAUGUUAAAUUUGGAGAAGCACCAAGUGAAGGUAAUGAUGUGAAAUGUAUAGAGGAAAGGGGGUAA